UGGAAUCCGGACGUCAUUGUCUUUUGAUAUUCAACUAUAAUCCAACUCGGAAGAUUCAAUGACGUCAACCCCUUCAAUAACGUCAUCUUUUUGCAAAACGUUUUAGGUCUAUAUAAAGAGGAUCAAACAAGACUUGUAGCCACAAUUUGAAACUCUGUUGGAGAAGGGAGCCAUAACGAAACAAAACACACAACCGAAACUUAGCUCUUUUUGUAAGCACAAUCGAAAGUCCGCGUUCGAGAUGUUUAAUCUUUUCGCUGCCGGGAUGCUCUUCGUCUGUCUCGCGGGGAUCUGUCCGCAAAGUUCCCGUGCAGGUCUCACAUCUUCCUCCACGGAGCAAAGCAGUCUCGUGAGGAAACUCGUGAACCACAGGAAUGCUCUACAGGAAGGAGCCGCAAAGGUACAGAGAGGAGAAAACACUGUCGGUGAACAGAAGGAACUAGCCGAGUACAUGAUCAAUGAAAUGAAACGGAAAACACCGGUUGGUAAAGGGGAUGAAAUAAUCGAGCCUAGGAACUUGGGUGAAACACGAAGUGGAGGCUGGUGGUGGGACUUCGUAUGUUCUUUCUAUCCUAGCUUAUGUCCUGACACUCCGGCUUGUGCCAGCCAUGAGUUUGAAUGCGCAAAUACUGGUUCGUGUAUUCCGGGUUACUGGGAGUGCGAUAACUUCGACGAUUGUGGAGAUUUGAGCGACGAAGUCAACUGUGCAUGUGCUGCUGAUGAAUUCCAUUGCACGAGUGGUGGGUGUAUUCCAGACUAUUGGCAGUGUGAUCAGGAAAGGGACUGCAGUGACGCCAGCGACGAACAAGAAUGUUCGGCGAGACCAUGCGGGGGCUGGGAAGACUGGGGUGAGUGGACCGAGUGUAACGCGCCAUGCGGCGCCGGGCAGAGGCACCGAACCCGGGUCUGCCCCUGCGAGACGGCCACGGAGUGCCCGGGAGAAAACGUCGAGUACCAGAUGUGUAAACUCAUGACAUGUUUACCAGAAGCAGGCAGCGGUUGUGGUACACGUCAGCCAGAGGACAAGUCAAUUCAACGUAUCGUGGGUGGUGAAGACGCUGCACGCGGUGCCUGGCCGUGGUACGCCCAGCUUUAUUUCGAUGGUACUUUCAGCUGUGGUGGUACCUUGGUGGAGAACAAGUACAUCGUAACCGCGGCCCACUGCGUCUCUGGUCCGGGAGCCAACGUUGCAGCUGACUGGAAAGUAUACCUGGGCAAGAACAGAGAAAAUGACAGCGAGAACAACGACGAGCAUGUCAGUGACGUGACACAUAUCAUCAUUCAUGGAAACUACAACGACGAAACCACUGACAACGACAUCGCCGUCAUGGUGCUUGCUAGUCAACCACCAGAGGAAAGUCGGUUCAUCAACUCGGUUUGUCUGGACGCGGGUGGCAGUGCCGGCUUCGACGGCACCUCUGUGUGUUACAUCGCUGGGUUCGGCCUCACACAGGAGGACGGUAGCGUUGCUUACGUUCUACAAGAAGCAUUAGUACCCAUUGUCAACACCGGAGAUUGUAAUAAUGCUUACGGCGGACAAAUUACAGACAACAUGAUCUGCGCGGGAUACCAAGAAGGAGGAAUUGACUCCUGCCAGGGUGACUCCGGCGGUCCAUUGGUGUGCAGUAGACGGGACGAGUCAGCGAACGUUGAGCGGUGGUAUCUGACGGGGAUCACGAGCUGGGGCUACGGGUGUGCCAGACCGAACUACCCCGGUGUUUACGCCAAAGUGGCUCGUUACGGAGACUGGCUCGAAAACGUCUUUGCAUCACACAGUGGCUAGUUUAACCUCUAAACAUGAAAACUAUUGUCCUAUGUGUCCAACACUCUUCAAUGAUUGGGGGGGGGGGGUGUUGUAGUUCGGGGGUCUUUAGAUCGAGCUAUGGUGCUCAUUUUUCAUGAUACAUGUACAGAUAAGUUUCACUAAAUUACAAGGGCAGCUGACUGGGUGAAACGGGACUUUUUCUUAACCCAGAGCGUCGGCGCUGGCUUAUUAGGCCCCGUCCGCCUAUCUUAAGCACCGACCAUCUGCAAAAAAACACCACAUUCUUUAAAAUGUGGCAUAGCCUUCAGUCGGAGCCCAUUUCGAAAAGACCCUAGAGCCUAGACAUUUAUUAUUAUUAUUAUUAUUAUUAUUAUUAUUAUUAUUAUUAUUAUUAUUAU